GCAGAAAAAGCUUCGGAAAAUACGUUUCAGCUUUACCUAACAGCGUUUUCCUCAUUCCAGUUGUGGAAAACAGCUGUAUUUUUGAAAACUUUUAAUGCUUUUAAGUGGAAAAGGCUGGCUAAUAAGAGGUCUGGGUACUAGAUAUUUCUGCUCGUCCAAGAUGGCGGACUUGAAGGGUAGCGCGCUGGUUAUCUUGGCUGAAGGUGCAGAAGAAAUGGAAGCUGUUAUUACUACAGACGUGUUACGGCGUGGAAAAGUUAAAACAGUCAUUGGAGGUCUGACCAGUGCAGAUCCUGUUGUGUGCAGUCGCUGUGUGAGUGUCAAGCCAGAUAUGAGUUUAGAAGAUGCAGUCAAACAGGGUCCGUAUGAUGCUGUCAUUCUACCUGGAGGACUGGGAGGAUCCAACAACCUGGCAAAAUCUGCGAAAGUGAAAGAAAUCCUUCAGGAACAGGAACAAAGUGGAAGAAUUAUUGGAGCCAUCUGUGCUGCUCCAACAGCUCUUCAUGCUCAUGGAAUUGCAAAAGGAAAGACUGUUACAUCACAUCCAUCUGUGAAAGAUAAAUUGGAUGGCUAUACCUAUUCUGAAGAGCGUGUGGUGCGAGAUGGGAACCUGGUAACUAGCCGAGGCCCUGGUACAGCCUUUGAGUUUGGCAUUGAGCUUGUCCGUGCUGUGCGAGGGGAUGAUGGUGAAGCAGAUAAACUGGCAGGCCCGAUGUUGAUUAAGUAAUAAGUCUAUUACUGUCUUGCCACAGUUUGUUAAACUUGGUUGUGAUCAAACUGGAUAUAAACCAGUUAUGAACAAUGUUACUAUGUAGUGUUACCACACUAUAUAGGGGGUGGGGGUGGGUGUAUGGAAUCUAGGAAUUUUGAUGACAUUUUUGUUAGAAAAAUGCCAGUUAUUGUAUUCUUCAAGUAAUCCCUGGGAGUGUAACUGUGAAAUUGUGUAUUGAAGAGAAAAUGGUACAUGAUUAAUGUAGAGUGAUUGAUUCAAAAUCUACAGUUCUACAGUAUUUACGGAUUCACACAUAUGUGUUACUUAGUAUGUCAGCUUUGAUGAAUAAUACAAAUUACUUGUUAGGAAAAAGUUCAAAACAAAUAAACUCAGCUCAGUAACAGAGUUUGGAUAUCUGAUUGUUUUGGUGAUCAGAGGUUUGUUCAGUUUCAAACUCAUGCAGUAAUUAAUGCAUGUUUACUAUAUCUGUUAAGAGUAAGAAUUAUAGUAAGAUAAUAAAAGAAUAAAAUAAAUAAAAUUGAAAAGUC